AUGAGCUCCACCGUCAUCGACCCAGAGACUGCCAGUCUAGGUACGGGCUCAAUGUCAAGACUGGUCCGUCCUGCACAGCUCCAGCAAGACCAUACUCAUGAUGUCGCUCUGGACGCUCCUGCUCUAUUGCUCGAUAAUGAAAACGCUCGUACUGUCAGACGCAACUGGUUUAAUAACUCUCGCAUCUCGAGGUUGUCGAAACUCAUGGUCCUCAUCACCACAUUCAUGUCCGCCACUCAACUGCUCAGUUCAAUCGUCGUAUUGGCUCUAUCUGCCGGUGAUACCUGCGAUCAACCUCUACGUCUUUUCAUCAGCGUAUACAUGGUCAGGGUCAUCUUCGUCUAUCCUCUUACAAUAUAUCAGCAUCUACAUCCAGCUCACAGAAGGCAGAAUGUGCCGGAACGUACUCCAAGGGAGUUGUACACAAUGACCGUCGUCGAUCGAAUAAAAUCCACCGCAGACUUGUUUGGAAUGCUCUGGUUUGUGAUAGGGAAUUGGUUUAUCUUCAGUUCUGUAAGCUGCUAUCGGACUUCGCCGACCCAAUUCUACCUCAGUCUCGCUUUCUUGGUACUUGGUUACUUUAUAAUCACCUUACCAUUAUUCUUAUGCGGGGCCGUUAUAUUCUGCUUGCCUUUGGUCAUAACCGUAAUGAGGGUAUUGAGAAUAGCUGAUCCUACCUCACCAGAUGCUCAUAAUGGAGCUACCGAGGAAGUUAUUAGCAAAAUUCCAAUCGUCAGAUAUAAAUCUGCUAUACCGCCAACACCUCAACCAUUAUCAACCGCAGAUUCAUCAUUAUCCAUGGAAAAUAUAAUUCAACCACUCGUUCAAUCACAACAUCAACACAGCUCAUCAGCAACAACAGCGACUAGUAGUACUAGGUGGAACCCUCUCAAGUGGUUUAAAAGGAGGAAGGCCAAUAAUAAAACAGGGGCAAUAUCUGCUGAUGACGGUUCUGCCAUGGUCGAUUUAUCUGCUAUUGAACCAGAAUUGGUCUUGCAGCAAUCAGAUGCACUUUGCGUAAUUUGUUUGACAGAAUACGAGGAUGGAGACAGGCUUCGUCAGCUACGUUGUUCCCAUCAUUUUCAUAUGACUUGCGUUGACGAAUGGUUACGUAUUAACAAGAGCUGUCCAUUGUGUGUCCGAGACGUCGAACCAGCCCCAGCAAGUACAUCCACAACCUCAGACCCGAAUCCCUCUUCAUAA